AUGUCAAAACGCGUGACGCUUUUCGAUCCGCCCGCGCAGGAUCAUUCCAAAGCUCUUAUCGAGAAUGUACUCGAUCUGACGCCAGUGGCGGACCUCGGCCCAAGAACUCUCGGUCUAGGAUGUCUUCACCAAUACCCGCCCGCUAUGGCAUCCCCCGGAGCUCGAGGCAUCUACGGCGGUGCCGCGAUUGCGCAGUCCCUAUCAGCAGCCAUGCUGACCGUCCCCGCUGACUACGCCGUCCACAGCAUGCACUGCUACUUUGUGCUUGCCGGAGACUCCGAGAUCCCAAUUUUAUACCAUGUCGAACGGGUACGCGAUGGGAGGAGCUUUGUGACCCGAACCGUGCAGGCGCGGCAACGGGGGCGACCGAUCUUCACCACCACGCUGAGCUUCAGCCGGGUCGGCAGCGGUGGCAAGAAGACCGUUCACCACGCCGUACCGAAGCCAAACGUCCCAUUGCCAGAAGAGGCCGAGCCGGGCAGUUUGGAAGCCCUCAGCCAUGCGGGCAGCGGUCCGUUUGAAUCAAGGAAAGCGGGAAUUUUGAACCGCACAUCCCCAAACCCAGAAGAUAAGAAGGUCCGACGACACAUUCGCGCCCGCGGCGCAAUCUCCGAACAGGGUGGUUACCAGGCACACCUGUCGGCGCUGGCCUAUAUCACCGACAGCUAUUUCAUCGGUACCAUCUCCCUCGUUCACGAUAUUCCGCGAUUUUCCUCUCCGGCCGAACUCGAGAAGCUUUUGAACGCACUUAAGAACCCGUCUGAUCUCGACGAUGAGGAUAUCACGCGAGCUCUGAAGGAGUUGAAGGAAGAGGAGGCUGCGGAAUUGCGUCGUCGUUUGGAAGGGGCUUUGAACAGGGCCACGAAUGGCAUAAAGGAGGUAGAUCAUAAGGAGGUUGGAAUGAUGGUCAGCCUGGACCACUCAAUUUACUUCCACAAUCCCCGUGCAUUCCGUGCCGAUGAGUGGAUGUUGACGGAGAUGGAGAGUCCGUGGGCUGGCGAAGGACGAGGCUUGGCUAUUCAGCAGAUCUGGUCGAAGGAUGGACUGCUUAUUGCUACUUGCAUGCAAGAGGGUGUUGUGCGAUUAAAGCAAGACGACCCGCCAAAGUCGAAGAUUUAA